AGAUUAUGUGAUAAAAUCACCCUUUAGAAAAUGUAACAAAGCUUAAAAGUUAAUGUAUGGCAGGAGUAGGAAAAGCAAGGAAGCUCCCAAUUAUCCAUCCAGAACGUGUAUUUAUUUAAAGGACGGCACGAUCUUGCAAGGCCUCUGCAAAAAUACAGGACCAGCUCGGUGCAGAGCUUCCGUAUAAACAUAAGUAAACAGGAAACCCCACACCGCGCACCGUCAAAACAAAACAAAACAAAAGCACCCACCAUGGACACGACGGCCGCGGCCGAGCUUGGGGCCGUCAAUAACAACUACUGGGCAGUUGCUCCGCAACAAGAACCGGACGACGAUGAAGACGAAGAUUUUGAUGACGGCCGUGUGGAAUGGACGACCCCGGAUUACAGGCAGGCGAGCAACAGUAACCGCUCCAAUGGCGGAGAGCCACCCCUGAAGAAAACGAGAAAUGUGUCCGUGACGGCCUUCACACCGCCGCAACAAGGCUUCGAUGCUUUCGAGCCUUCAACUGUGGGCGGAGGGGCGUCAGCGAACUCGGAGACGACGGGGCAGGGGGCGAGCUCGGGAACGCCGCCACCGCCAGAAGCUUCGGGCGCCUCUUCUGGUGGUGGCGGCAAGAGCAACAGCAAUGGCAGGCCGAGCUUCGGAAAGAUGUUCUUUAAGACGAAGUUGUGUUGCAAGUUCAGGGCAGGCACUUGCCCUUAUCUCAACAACUGUAACUUUGCCCAUGGGAUGGAGGAGCUGCGGAAGCCGCCUCCCAACUGGCAAGAAAUCGUUGCCCAGCAGGAGGAGUUGAGUCUGCGGGCUGAGCGGUGGAGUGGUGACAGCAGUAAUCACCACCAUCACCAUCGUCAGCAAUCCCAGAUGGCUACGGUUGUACCGUCGCUUAGCCCGUCUGAAGCCGUUGUCCUCGGUGGCGGCGGCGGAGACGGAAACGGGGGUGGGUCUGGUUCGUCGCACAGGUUUCACAAGACUAGGUUCUGUAAGAAGUAUUAUACGGAAGAUGGUUGCCCAUAUGGGGAUAGCUGUAAUUUUCUCCAUGAUGAUCAGGGGAGGUCUAGAGAGAGCGUGGCUAUCAGCCUGGGGCCCACCAGUAGCAAUGGCGCUGUGAAUGAGUUUGUUGUUGCGAAUGGUGGGGGAAGUAGCAACGGUGGUGGUGCAAAUGGGACGUCUCAGAGGCCCAUGUAUUGGAAGACCCGGAUUUGCAACAAAUGGGAGACCACAGGGCAUUGCCCCUUUGGUGACAAGUGUCAUUUUGCUCACGGUGUUGCAGAACUCCAGAAAUAUGGUGGAGGUUUAUUAGAUUCAGAAAAUGGGGCUACAUCUGCUGGGCUUCGUAAUGAUUUUAAGCAAAUUGCUUCAUCCAUGAAACCUCACACAGAACCGGGAGUAGGACCUCAAUAUUCUGUGUUUAACACUGACAACUAUACCAUGGGAAUCUCAAACCAAAGAUCUAUUGGUAACAUUCAAGGUCAGAGGCAAGGUCAAAGGGCUUUUCCAAAAUGGAAAGGACCAGACAAAAUCAGUCAAAUUUAUGGUGAUUGGAUUGAUGACAAUGAAUGGGAAUAUACAAAUCUUUCAACUGUGUUGCAGCCUGAGGAAGCAAGCCAGAUUAAUGAAGAAGAACCUCAAGAUGCUCGAAUAAAAAAGAUUGAAAAGUUGCAAAAUAAAUCUCAGGGUCAAACAAACAUUCCAUUUUUCAAGGGUAUAGCUGAACAACAUAAUAAUCGAAAUCGAUUUUCAAAAGGUGGAAGUAAAGGCAGAGACAUGACAUCUUUAGGUGCAAACUUUGAUCAAGUUUAUGAAGAUGAUACAUUGGUGGGGGAGCUCUGACUUGUGCAUUUACAAGUUGAGCAACUUGUUUGUUUUUUGGGUGCCGGAGCAAGCAAAACAAUCACUUAAGGCAAGUUUUGUGAUUUAACAUUACCUGAAUGUUCAGCCAGGGCAAGUUUGGCUGAAUAUAAAUUAGUUGAAUUUAUUGUAAUGCAAAACUAAAGGAUCAUUCUCAUCUUGUUCCUGUUUUGCGUAUCUUUAUUUUAGCCUUCAUUCUUGGCUUUGGAGAGUUGUGUUUCCUACCAUGUAGUAUUUUAAAAUUUUGUCUUCCACAACAAACAAAUUUGAAUAUGGCUAUUCUUGUACCAUAAAUACUCAAACAGGAGUUUGGCUGUUGUUGCACCCUUCAUGGGUAGAAAAGUGGACAUUUAUUUAUUUUCCUGCACAAGGCAGGAUUAGGGUACUAAUUUUUCAAUACAGUAACAGGUUCUUUGAUCAA